AUGCGAACUUUUGUACUAUUCGAUAUAUUUAUAUUUUUUGAUUUAUUAAACUAUACAAUUAAUUAUAUAGAAAUGGACGCUGCUGUUAAUCAACAUUAUAAAGAGGCAACAGACAAUAGAUUGACAAGCAAAGAUAAAGAAAUUCUUAAUGAAACAAAUUCACCUUCGAAAGAUUCAGAUUUACAAGCAGAAAAAUUUGGUGGAGAUACACCGAGUCAACAAGGUAGUGGAACAUUAACGGUUCUCGAUAAUGCCAGUGGACAAACAAAUCCAAAUAUUAUCUAUUAA